CCUCGCCCCGACGCUAGGGACGUCAACAACUCCAUCAUGGAGCUGCUGGUCAUGGCGUACGCCUGCAAGACGUCGUCGGCGCGCAACAUCAUCGGCGUUAUCCCGUACCUGCCGUACAGCAAGCAGUCCAAGAUGCGGAAGCGGGGCUGCAUCGUGUCCAAGCUGCUGGCGAAGAUGAUGUGCAAGGCAGGACUAACGCACAUCAUCACCAUGGACCUGCACCAGAAGGAGAUCCAGGGCUUCUUCGACUGUCCGGUGGACAAUCUGCGCGCCUCGCCGUUUCUGCUGAACUACAUCCGGGAACAGAUUCCGGACUACCGCAACGCCGUGAUCGUCGCCAAGGACCCGGCCUCCUGCAAGCGCGCCACGUCUUACGCCGAGCGCCUGCGUCUCGGCAUUGCGGUCAUCCACGGCGAGGCGAAGACGCCCGACGACGAGGACGACGUGGACGCCGACGACGGGCGCACCUCGCCGCCGCCCGAGCCGCCGGCGCGCCACCAGGGCCGGCUCCACUCUUCCGUCUCCGUGCCCAUGCAAGCGGCCAAGGAGAAGCCGCCCAUUUCGGUGGUAGGAGACGUUGGUGGCAGGAUCGCCAUCAUGGUGGACGACAUGAUCGACGACGUGCGCUCGUUCGUGGCGGCGGCGGAGAUGCUGAAAGAGCGCGGCGCCUACAAGAUCUACGUGCUGGCCACCCACGGCCUGCUGUCGGCUGACGCGCCGCGCCUCAUCGAGGAGUCGGCCAUAGACGAGGUGGUAGUCACCAACACGGUGCCGCACGACGUGCAGAAGAUCCACUGCCACAAGAUCAAGACGGUGGACGUCAGUAUCCUGCUGGCCGAGGCCAUCCGCCGCCUGCACAACAAGGAAAGCCUCACCUACCUCUUCCGCAACAUCACCACGGAAGACUAG